UAAUUGGUAAAUGCUAUUGCUUGUUUAUAUAACUCUCUCUCCUUGUUGUUAUGUUUUCUCUUCUGGAUCUUUUCUAGUUCUCUUUGGGUGGCCGAGCUGCUCAAUCCCUCUUUCUGGCUUCAACUUCGGCGAAACUGCAUACACUCGGGCGAAGAAAUAGCAGCGAGCUCGUCAAAAAUUCAUAAAGAUAUUCGAUCAUCAGCGAGUGUAAUUCCUCUGAUGGCGGGCAGUAAUGAAGUAAAUGCUAAUGAAUCAAAGCGAGUGGUUCCCCUCAAUACAUGGAUCUUGAUUUCCAAUUUCAAGCUCGCCUACAACAUGCUCCGCCGAUCGGACGGCACUUUCAAUCGCGACCUUAACGAAUUUCUCGACCGGAAAGUCCCCGCCAACGCCCUCCCCGUCGACGGCGUCUACUCCUUCGACGUCGUCGAUCGCGCCACCAGCCUCGUCAACCGCGUCUACCUCGCCGCCGCCGACACCGACGCCCCCUGGGGGAUCGCCGAGCUCGAGAAGCCCCUCAGCACCACCGCGAUCGUCCCGGUCAUCGUCUUCUUCCACGGCGGCAGCUUCGUCCACUCGUCCGCCAACAGCGCCAUCUACGACACCUUCUGCCGCCGCCUCGUGCGGACCUGCGCCGCCGCCGUGGUCUCCGUCAACUACCGCCGAUCCCCCGAGCACCGCUACCCGUGCGCGUACGACGACGGCUGGGCGGCCCUCAAGUGGGUCCACUCGCGCUCCUGGCUCCGGAGCGGACCCGACGCGAGGGUCCACGUGUACCUAGCCGGGGACAGCUCGGGCGGGAACAUCGCCCACCACGUGGCCGUCCGCGCGGCCGAGGAGGGCGUCGACGUGCUCGGGAACAUCCUCCUCCACCCGCUCUUCGGGGGCCAGGCGCGGACGGAGUCGGAGAUGCGGUUGGACGGGAAGUACUUUGUUCGGAUUCAGGAUCGGGAUUGGUAUUGGCGGGCGUAUUUGCCCGAGGGGGAGGAUCGGGAUCACCCGGCGUGCAAUGUGUUCGGGAGGCGCAGCCGGAGCAUCGAGGGGCUGAGCUUCCCGAAGAGCCUCGUCGUUGUGGCCGGGCUCGAUCUCGUCCAAGACUGGCAAUUAGGGUAUGUUAAGGGAUUGGAGGAGUCAGGGCAUGAGGUGAAAUUGCUGUAUCUUGAGAAGGCCACCAUUGGAUUCUACUUCUUGCCAAACAAUGACCAUUUCCAUUGCUUGAUGGAGGAGAUGAAGGCCUUUCUCCACUCCUAAGCCUAACAACUAUUGUUAAUACUCCUACAUUGGUGUCUAGUUUACAUCAUUCCCCCCUUUUUUGGUGGAUAACCAUCAUAAGUCAUGAGAUCGUCACUCUAUUCAACCAGUCGAUAUCCAUGGGGGAGAAGCUAAUUGGGCAACAUGGAUCAGGCAAAUCCAUGGUGUUAUAAUCUUGUGUACUAUAGAAAUCUAUACUAGUAUUGUUUGCCUUUAUGUAACUAGUAAGCCUACUAUGGUUUCCACUUGUAUGUCAGUAAAUAUGGAGUAAUUUAGAAGGGCAUCUUAUAUUUUUGAUCUACUUCUGACUAUGUAAUAUGUAGGCCUUAGUAUAUAUGAUGAAUCUAUAAAAAUUGGAGUUGUAUGAUCA